GCCAAAAUAUUCCCAUAUCCCACCUAAGAUCUCACAGUAGUUUCUUAUCUCUUUCUGAGUCUACUACUCUCUCAUUCAGUCGUUCUCCCUUUCGUUCUCUUUCUCUCUGUAGCUGUGCCAGAAAAAAUCACACAAGAAAGUAUGGCCGCCACACUCACCUUUCUAAGUCUUCCAAUUAAACCCCUUCAAACCAGAUCAAAACUGUCAAAUCUCAACCAAUUAACGAAACCCCAACUGAUCAAAGCCAGUACAGAUGAUAAUAUUAAUAAGAAGAAGAACCCAACAGAACUCUUGCGAAAUCUCAUUCACCAAACUCCUCACCAUUUAAAAUCUUCUCCUCUUCCUCUUACUGUAUUCACAUUGCCUUUCUUACUUGAUCCACAGGAUGCACUUGCUGCUGGUGGAGAAUUUGGGAUCUUUCAAGGUAGGACAUUGGCACUCAUUCAUCCAAUUGCGAUGGGUGGUUUGUUUCUAUAUACACUAUGGGCGGGCUAUUUAGGUUGGCAAUGGCGAAGAGUACGAACUACUCAGAAUGAGAUUAAUGAACUCAAGAAACAAGUGAAACCUGUUGCUGUUACACCAGAAGGAAAAGAGAUCCCUUCGCCACCUUCUCCCAUUGAAGUUAAAAUUCAAGAACUCACUGAGGAAAGGAAACUGUUGUUGAAAGGGUCAUUCAAGGAUAGACACUUCAAUGCUGGUUCGAUACUGCUGGGAUUUGGAGUUUUAGAGUCAGUUGGUGGAGGGCUGAAUACAUGGUUGCGAACAGGAAAACUCUUCCCAGGGCCGCAUCUGUUUGCUGGAGCAGGAAUAACAGUGCUCUGGGCAGCAGCUGCUGCUCUUGUACCUGCAAUGCAGAAAGGAAAUGAAACAGCUAGAAGUUUACACAUCGCGUUGAAUACAAUUAAUGUGUUGCUAUUUAUAUGGCAAAUUCCAACAGGAAUAGACAUUGUCUUCAAAGUAUUUGAGUUCACCAAAUGGCCGUGAAUUUUCUCUUUAGUAUUCCAUUACUGAAGUUUUCUUGCUUUGUGGAACAUUUGUUGUUUUGCUGUGUUUCUUUCUUAACCUAUCAUCACUUAAUGUCAUUGUAAUAUUUGUUCAUUCAAACAUGGGAAAUAACAUCACCUACAAAGUUUCUUUAUAGUGUUUCA